CUAAGAGUAUACCCAUCAACCUGAGUUACUUAAAAGAAUACUAACCAUGUCCAUUCCCAACCAUACCAUUCUAGCGGCCACAGAAGCCGAUAUCCCCAUCCUCACCGGUUUCCUCCAAGACUCGAAACUACACCUAGCCAUCAACCGCUUCCUCUUCCGCGACUGGCCCGCCGAGGCAGCUCAAUGCGCCAACUACAGGUCCGCCGUCGAGUUCGGCGUCAAAAACCCGCAGACCACAUCUUUGAAAGUCGUCAAUGAUGCCUCGGGAAAAAUCGUCGCGCACAUGUAUCUGAGGCGAAUGAGCGACAAUGAAAACCCCGAUACGCCGUCUGAAUCCGAUGAAUCGGACAGUGAGAAGGAUGAACAGAGCCAAAAUGUAGACGACAAACAAGAUGAGGAUAAGAAUCAGGACCAGAGUCAGAUUCCGGACAUAUUCGUCCCCGAAGUCUACGAGAAAGUCGUAGAAGCCAUGAAUCAAAUAGAGCCGGAAAUAACUGGUGAUCACUAUGAACUAACCCACAUAUACGUCGACCCCGCCAGCCGCCGGCAAGGAAUCGGCACGCAACUUAUCCAAGUAUGCCACGACCGAGCGCAAGCCGAGAAGCUGCCCCUGACUAUCUGCGUGGAGCCAAAUCACCAUGAUUUCUUCGUGAAGCAAGGAUUUAAAGAUGAGAAAUACGUUGAUAUUGAUUUGCGUCAAUGGGCCGCUGAGAAUAGCGGGUAUGGCAAUUUUCGUAUUUCGAGGAUGAAUUUCGUGAUGUCUGAGUAACUUCGUUUAUGUAAGAAUAUAGAAUUCUGGAUAGAAGGUUAGAGGUGUAAUGCUAAGGGUUUGGAAGUUUUGUAGUUCGGAUAGA